UUACACAUUUGUUGCUACUCUGAGCGGUUGCUUCAUGUAUUCGUGAAAUCAACCCUCUUAACGUGGUGGUUUCCCCGUUGAAAUACUUUAUGAUUUUGUGUUGCCUUUUCACUGGCUGGAUUUUAAUGUUGUAUGGUUACUUAAAGCUGUGACAUGCAACCGAAGAGUAUCAGUUGUGAUUUGGCUCUGUUAGUGAGUGGAAGUGAAAUAUACAUUUUCUUUUGCAUAAAAACCUACGAUGCUUUCUACAUGAAGAAAUGACACAUACACAAAAUUAAAGUAAAUCCUUCAUUCUUCAACCGAAACGUCAAACAAAACAACAAAUACAAUGCAGUGUUCAAUAUUUUCGCAAAAGUGUAACGCGCAAAAAUAAAUGCAAACAUGAUGAACAAAAAUACAACAAAAACGAAGCAAAAAAUUUUCUUUUUAAAUGCAUCAACGCGAACAAGAAAUACCCAACGUCGCUGUCGCAAAGGAUGAGCCGGCUUUGCCUAAGAUUUACUAUCGCCACUGUUGCUGCCCUACUGCCACUAUAUAUCGACGCAACGUCACGUAAAUCAUAUCAGUCUAUUGCGACAACUCGUGCUGCCCGCAUCGCAGGUGGACCGAAGGAACAUCCGAACAACAUUUCAAGACACUUUAAAAAAAAAGACGCGCCAUACAUAAAUUCAACGUUAAACUAGAACAAAAUACCUCAAGUUUUCGCUAACUAAAAGAGUUUACUACUACUAAUGAAAUAAAUAUAUGCAACUAAGAAACUACCUCAUUUAAGUAAAAUUGUGUGUGCUAUAUUUGGAAAACCGUACAACGAGCGAAAAGCUACCAUCCACGGGCUGCUUAAUUUACCUAAGUGCAGAACUACCUCAAAGUACAAAAAGUGCUCAUCUGGGAUAAUUAAAUUCAAUAAAAUCAAAAAUUAAUACAACAUCUAAAUAAAAGAGUGUAAACUUUGAAUGCAAUUUAAAACAAAAAAAAUACAAGUUAAGAAAGUCAUAUUAAAGAAAAGUAUCGAGAUUUUGCAGUUUGUGAUAUUCUGCAGGGGACAAUAAAACAAUAAUCAGAGAUCAUAACAAGUCAGUACCCAUUGGGCUAGUUAGUAGCACCGAUUACAAUUUUAACAAUGGCGAUUUCGCUGCUGCAGGAUGCCCAAACACGAAGUUUAGCCGCUGCUCUAGUUGGCAUAAAGCGGGACGAUGUAGAAGCGCAUAACGCACUCUCCAUGUCGCCGCCAAUGUCCGCCAACACUUCCACGAAUAGUUUGUAUCCCGGUUUGCAGCAUGCCGCCGCCGCUACAGCCUUCAGCAUGCUGUCGCCCUCACAACUGAUUGCCGCAAAUCGUCAGGCAGCUGCUGCACUUAUGGCCUCGCAACUAUUCCCGCAACAUCCUUCUAUUUUUGGGCAAAUGUGGCCUAGUGCAAUUCCCCAUCUUCCUCUAAAUACUGGUCCAAACUCGCCACCCGCCAGCCCACAUUCGCCAAUCGGCGCAACGCCGCCUUCCAACAGUGGCAAACAAGUCCAUAGCUUGAUCUCGCCCACGGGUUUUACACAGGCUGAUUUGCCCGCCAAGAAACCGCGCAAAAUUACUGUUAAGAAAGAUUUAAUGUCACCACCAAUCGAAAUGUCGAUGAACGUAAACGAUAUAUAUAGCCCAGCUGGUCCAAUUUCGCCCCCAUCAUCUGGUUCCUCGCCCAAUUCAGCUCAUGACGGCCACAGUCGCACUGAUGUCACAAUUUCUGCGUCGGCCACAAAGGAUCCCUCCCGCGAUAAAAGCUUUACCUGCAAAAUCUGCUCACGGUCCUUCGGCUAUAAGCAUGUACUGCAGAACCACGAGCGCACUCAUACGGGCGAGAAGCCUUUCGAGUGCCCUGAGUGUCAUAAGCGUUUCACCCGUGACCACCACUUAAAGACCCACAUGCGUUUGCACACUGGCGAAAAGCCGUACCAUUGUUCACACUGCGACCGGCAGUUUGUGCAAGUGGCAAACCUUCGGCGUCAUCUGAGGGUUCACACUGGCGAACGGCCAUAUUCUUGCGACAUCUGCGACGGGAAAUUCAGCGACUCUAACCAAUUGAAAUCCCAUAUGUUGGUACACAACGGCGAGAAGCCGUUUGAGUGCCCGGAAUGCCAUAUGAAAUUCCGCCGACGUCACCAUCUACUGAAUCACAAAUGUGGGCAGAAUAGCAUUUCUGGUUUACACUCUCCGCCAACCUCACCCGAUGCCGUACUUAGCCCAAAUGGUCUUAGUGGCGAUUACGCGCUUUGCGACCAAAAGUCUGUCAUGGGAUCUAGCUACGGCUCGGAGGAGUCUAUGGAUAUCGGUCGCCCAAUUAAUGUCUCAGCUUUGUCCUUUGAGCUCAUGGAACACCAGCAGAAUGGUCAACUUCAUUCCACCAUAUCGUCCAUGGGUGCCUCACUAAGUAUUACUGAAGCAGAUGGCGAUGAGGAACUGGACACACCACUGGAUCUAUCCGAAAGCGACGUGAGUAUUGAUGUCGGACGGAACAGUAUCAAGGGAACGCACGAUUUUCGCCGUGUCUUCCGUCUGCCAACGCAAAUUAUGCAGAUGCACUGCGAAAUGCCCGAACAAACAGAGCCUGAGGACUUGAGCAUGCAUCGGAGCAACAUCAACCUUGCAAUCAACGCUACUCACUCCCACGAAUCUAUGAUGAUGGUGCAAGACGAUCUCGAUCUUGAAGAGCUGGACGAUACGACGACGGUCUAUAUGCGCCAGCAACACCAUUUGUCUGGGCAAAAGUCAACGACGCAGAUGGAGUAGGAAGAGGUUUUUUCAGCGAAUUAUUCGGAAGAUUCAAGCCGACAAGCGUCAUCAUAUUCUCUACUGCAGAUGAUGAGUCGUUCACCCUUGCUACUGCUGCCGUCACUUCUACGCUCAUUCUUAGUUAAAGUGAGCAACAAAAGUACGCAGCAUUCCAAGAGGCUGUAAAAUGAAAUUAGUUGAGCGAAACUUUAAGAGGAUUUGCACAAAGGUAAAAAAUAUCGCUGUAAAGGGCCACUUAAUAAGCAACUCAUCAAUUACCUCAAUGCUGCAUCUACAUACAUAUAUAUGUGCAAAUGUACAUACAUAUGUAAAGAAGGACCGUUAAAUGAAUAUAAAUGCAUUGCAAAUGUAUAAUAGUUACACAACAGAAAUGUACGAUAAUCUAUUUAUGUUUUUGUAAGUUGUUACUGUAAAAUUCAAUAAAAUGAAUGUCAUUAACUUAAUACUUAGUACAUAUAGAAAUUAAGUGGGCGCGAGUUCGAUACGGAUUCAAAAAUCAUUGUUUGUAAAUUUUUCAGUGCCAUUUUUAAUAUUUUAAGCUUACCUGAAUAACUAUGCAUUUAAGUUUAUUUA